ACCCUCAUUAACACCCUCCCACUCCCAUCAUCUUCUGCCCUAAUUUCUCUCUUAACUUUCAAUUUCUCAAUCCUCUUUCCCACUUAUGAAAGCAGGUUUCGAAACUGUUAAUCAUGGGAGUACUUUGGAUCAUCCCAUGACCAUGAUCCAAACCCACGAACCUUGGAAUAUCAGCUCAAACGUCCGACCAUGCCUAAACUUAAACAAAAGAAACGAGCUCUCCGAGUGGGUCGAACAAAUCACCAAACAACUCAUCGACGACGACGAUGACGAAAACGACAACGAAGCCAACACCUUUCCCACCUCGAACGACAACAACAAUAAUAUUAUCAAGUACCAUCAUGUUAAAUAUGACCAUGAUCACUGCUUGAGCCUGAUGACCCUCCUAUUCGAGUCCGCCGUCGCGAUAUCUGUCGAUAACUUCGUCGAGGCCCGCCGCCUCCUCCUCGAGCUCUCCGAGACCGCUUCCCCCUACGCGCCGUCGUGCGCCGAGCGCGUGGUGGCCUACUUCGCCCAAGCCAUGUCCACCCGAGUCAUCAACACAAGCCUAGGCGUUCCCUAUCACGACGUGACCAAAAAUCUCUAUGCUAAUUAUCGAAAUUACCAAAACACCCUCCUCCGCAAUUCCUUCCAAGCAUUCAACGACGUCGCUCCGUUCCUCAAAUUCGCCCACUUCACCUCCAACCAAGCCAUCCUCGAGGCCUUCCACGGCCAACCAUUCGUCCACGUAAUCGACCUCGACUUCCUCCACGUGGGCCUCUUCCAGUGGCCCGCGCUCCUUCACGCCCUCGCCACGCGCCCCGAGGGCCCGCCCUCGCACGUACGCCUCACCGCCCUCGCCGCCUCAAGUGACCACCUCUCCGACGCUGCAAAAAAUCUCUCCGGUUUCGCGAAGCGCCUUGGGAUCUCUUUCGAGUUCAACCCGGUCGGCUCAGACACAGACUUUUCGGAUCUCCGGGUCCGGAUCCGUCGGGUUGUCGACGAACGUGAAGCCCUAGCUGUGCAUUGGCUCCGGCACCACCUGUACGAGGCGAACGGAUCGGAGUGGAAGACGAUGAGGCUUGUCGAAGAAUUGCGGCCGAGGAUUUUGACUCUGGUGGAGCAAGACAUGUCGUGGCAUGGGGGGUCGUUCUUGGACCGGUUUGUCGGGUCGCUCCAUUACUAUUCGACGCUGUCUGAUGCUCUAGGGGCUUGUUUGGGGACCGAUGAUUUGAAAAGGAAUGAGGUGGAGAGUGGCGUGGUUUAUAGGGAAAUAAGCAACGUGUUGGGGGUCGCUGGGAGGAGCGGAUCAGGAGAGGAGAUUAAGAUUGGCAGUUGGAGGAGGGAGAUGGCGGCGAGGGGGUGUCUGGCACAGGUGGCGAUGAGCGCCAACGCCGCGGCGCAGGCGCAGUUGAUAGUGAACAUGUUUGGGGGCGGCGGCGGUGGAUAUAGGGUGGUGCAAGGGGAUGGGACGCUUAGGCUUGGGUGGAAGGAGACCAGCUUGUAUACUGUCUCUGCAUGGACUUCAUGUACCUACAAUGUUUUUAGAUAG